AUGCUUGUUACCUCGGUUUUGUCUAGAACUACCCGUCCAACCUUUCAAUUAUUGCGUUCUAAAACUACUAUAACAACAAUAAGGACAAGUCAUAUCAUCAAUAGUAAUAACUUACUGUUUAAAAAUAAAUACAAUCAACUUCUUUCUCUUACAACUCAAAUUCGUAACAAAGUUUCUGCUGUAAAUCCACAAACUCCUCCAUCCCAUAACGAUGCUUUUUUUCAAGGAAACACAACCUCGUAUAUUGAAGAAAUGUAUGAAGCUUGGCUCAAAGAUCCUAGAUCA